AUGUUAGCUUCAAUUCUCAAUCUCCCAUUCAUCUCUCAAAACAUCAAUCCCAAUAACACUAGUUUCAUCUCAACACUAUUACCAACAUUUUUUAUAAUAGCAUCCUUCAUUUUCCUCUAUUUCUUGACCAAAAAGUCUCCCCACAUAUUCUUAGUGGAUUUUUCAUGCUACAAGCCUCCAGAGUGCCAGAAAUGCAGCCAAGAAACUGUGCUCGAUCGAGCCAUGAAAUUUGGAUCAUUCUCAGAGGACUCACUGCGUUUCAUGGAUAAGGCCUUGCUCGCGAAUGGCGUUGGAGAUUCGACCUACGUUCCCGAAAAUAUGUUAAGCGUUCCUCCAAAUCUGAGCAUGGAAGCAGCAAUGAAGGAAACAAAAGCAGUGAUUUUUGGAGCCAUCGAUUCUUUGUUGGCAAAGACGAAGGUGGAAUGCAGUGAGAUAGGAAUAUUGAUAGUGAAUUGCACAGUGUUUGAUCCAAUCCCUUCUCUCACUAGCAUCAUAAUCAAUCACUAUAAACUGAGGCAAGAUAUUUGCAGCUACAAUCUCACUGGCAUGGGAUGUAGUGCUGGUCUCCGCGCUGCCGGCCUCGCAACCCACUUACUUCAGGUGCACCAAAAUACUUGUGCGUUGAUGGUGAGCACCGAAAACCUUACGAGCGGCGUCUACACCGGAAACGACCCCUCCAAGGUCAUACUCAACUGCCUAUUCCGCUUGGGCGGCUCUGCAGUUCUCUUCUCCAACAAACCCUCUCACCGCCGCCGCUCAAACUACGAGCUCCUGCACGCAGUCCACACUCACACGGCCAGCUCCGACGUUGCGUACAAGUGCAUAUUCAAGGAAGAAGAUUCCGACAACACGACAGGGAUAACAGUAACUAGAAACCUCUUGAUCGCAGCCACUUCCGCCAUCGAACAGAACCUCGCAAGAUUAGGGCUUCUCAUCCUCCCUCUCUCGGAGAAACUUCUCGUGGCAAUAAAUCUCCUGACGCGGCGGGGGGAGACGAAGCCGUACAUCCCAAAAUUCAAGCGAUGUGCACAGCAUUUUCUUCCGCAUGUAGGCGGGAAGCGAGUGCUGGAUGCAUUGCAAAAGAAGCUAGGGUUUGGGGAUGGUGAUAUGGAAGCUUCUAGAAUGACGCUGCACAGAUUUGGGAAUACUUCGAGUUCAUCCGUUUGGUACGCGCUGGCAUAUGCGGAAGCAAAGGGUCGGGUCAAGAAGGGAGACCGGGUGUGGCAGAUUGCAUUCGGGUCGGGUUUUAAGUGUAGCAGCCUGGUGUUGCGGGCGCUGAGAGAUGUGGAGUUUGAUGAGACGAACCCGUGGAUGAGUGACAUUCAUGCUUAUCCUUUGGACUUGGAUAACACUGCCAUUGAUACUUACUUAGUUACUCCACCAUAA